UUGACACAGAAUAUAUUUGGACAAGAAAUAGCUGUAAAUGUGCUUCCAGGAAUUCUCAAAGACUAUCUUAAAAGAAAUCAAGACAUUCCAAAGACAAAGCCUUUAGUUCUUUCAAUGCAUGGAUGGACAGGUGUUGGUAAAAAUUAUGCCAGUCGAAUUAUUGCAGAGACUUUCAGACCUAAAUCUUUUGUGAAGUUCCUCGUUCCUCUACAUUUCCCUCAUGCCAGGGAUGAUGAUGUUUAUUAUAAUCAAAUUAUACAAUGGAUAGACUCAAAUAUCACUCAGUGUCACAUCAAUAUAUUUCUAUUUGAUGAAAUGGAUAAAGCAACACCAGGAGUCAUCUCUGGUAUACAAACAGCUAUUAUUAACCAAUCAAAUAAAAGCUCUUCUGAUACACCUGUAAUCUUCAUGUUGCUUAGCAACUCAAAAGGUGCUGAAAUUAACAGACUUGUCUUUACAAAUGAAAAGACUCAUUCAGAAAUCUCUCAUGAUUUUGACUUUAAAGAUGUUUUUUCAGAUUCCAAUUCUUGGUUUUCAAGUUUUAAUUCCAAGAAUCUUAUAGACAGUUUUAUUCCAUUUCUACCACUAGAGAAGUCCCAUGUUAGGCAAUGUAUUAGUCAAGAUGGAAAACAGAAAAAUCUCAAAAUAUCAGACACAAACAUGGAUCAGAUUCUUAAAGAAUUAUCAUUUUUAUCAGUGCCUGGUACUAACAAGGAAUAUUCUAAGACUGGAUGUAAGAGAGUUUCAGACAAGGUUGAUCUA